CAGGUACCACUCUGAACACCUUAGUUUUAACACAAAUUUUGAAUUUGUUGAACAGAAGCAAUGAGUUCAUCAUCAUGAUGAAUAGAAUGUAAUAUAUUUCUUGAAAAAUAUUAGAAUACAUCAUCUUAUACUAGUACCACUCUGGUAUAGAAUGGUAAGUGAUGGUUAGUAUAUUCUUAUUAUCAUAUUGUUUAUCAUUCUACAAUAUACUAUACUCGUAUUGCCAUGGUAUAAUCUUAUGCACUAUCAAGUUGUAACACCAUGAUAUAUACUAUAGUGGUAAUAUAUGCCUCGUUUUUUGUUCCAAAAUAUAUCAAAGUGAAUGUUAUUUUGAAAAGCACAACUAAUAUGAUUUUUUUCACAAAAAAAAAUAUAUUGAAUUUAAACAAUAGGAUUUAAAUCAUUAUAUUUAAUGGAGUGAAAAUUAUGUCAUCCGAUCUGAACUCCUCCUUCUUUGGGAGGAACGAACUGGGAGCGGAGGAGGGAGUGACAAUUGGAAACUUCAAGGACCUGGCAUGUGGUGAUGGCAGCCGGUUUGGGUCACUAGGGAGUAGCCAAGCCUUACCUGGCAGAGCUCCUAGCAGUAAGAGAUGCUAUCACUAUCGUCGCCUCAAGUUCCUUGACUCACGUGAUAGUGGAAGGUGAUUCGAAGUGGUCGUCAUCCAGAUUCCGCAAGGUAUUAUCAAAGGUUCCAUUGGAGAUCCGGUGCACCGGGAGUGUCGCCAGUUCUUAGACUCUUUGUUAGUUUGUAUAGAGUUUAGGGCGGUUCCUAGAACCGCCAAUAGUGCUGCCCAUAGAGUGGCGCUUAAAGCACUGCUUGUCUCUCAUAGAGGUAGAGUCUUUCAAUUUUUUUUUUGUGGUUUCACUAGGGUGUCGCUUGUAGGGGAUUUCUGGAUAGUUUUAUUUGUAUAACUCUUGUCUUAUCUUGAUAUCACUUGGAAAUAUAAAAAAACUAAUAGCUGGAAUUGAGGAACAUAAUUGACUAGUGUAAACGGAACAACAAAAAUUGGUGGACCAAAGGACAAGUAUAUCUGAAGGGUUACAAUUUGUUUAGAGUUUGUGCAGAAUUGGUGUAAGUUUUGGGGCACAAACAAGAGUAUGAAAAUUUGAAAGAUCCUCCAAAUGGUAGUGGAGUUGCAGGUUACUUCGUAGGAGUUUCACAAAGACUUUAACUUCAACGGGAGCUGUGGAAGAGGAAGCAAUGGUUUGUAUGAUCCUAGAUAUGCCUGCAUUUUGCAACAAGGUCACAUGAUGUGAUGUGUAUCGUCCAUUUGGCAUUGUGAACUGCAUUUGAAAGUGGUAAGGUCGAUCGGACUCAAGGUGGUUUAGGAUUAUGUGUAGGUCCACCUAAACCAGCAGCCAUUGCAGUCGACAUAUUCUUGUCAUGAUUAUGUUUAUGUAGUCCCCAAACUUCUUCUGGAUUAGACCAAUGUUAUUGGUUUUUUUUUCAAAGUUUCACGGUAAUGAAUCAAAAGCCAGUUCCCUCAGGUAACAGAUUUCUUCGCCUCUGCUUUGCUUGCAUGCUCUCUGUGUAGGUGAACCUGAACCAAAAAGGAGGAAGCCCAGUGGCUCCUGACCUCGCCCAACGCAGCGGAAACAGCAGCAGCGUACAAAGGGGACUCUGCCUGGACGCAAUUUUGUUCUUUCAACCUCUUGCCUUUGGGGAAUUAGAGUCACGAAUGAUCAUCCAGCUAACCACCAACCUUGUGGUGAUCGAACGACUGACACUCGUCAUUACGGCCUGUGGCCGGUUACACUGAUCCUUUCUGGAUAGGUUAAACUUCCUUUUCCUUGAAGUUGUACUCCUUCUCUUGCGGAGUUGUUCGUAUCAACCAAUGAAGGAGGUUACUUGCA